CGGAAGUCUACGUUCGGUACUUCCUGUGACACCGUGUUGGCGCACGCGCAGCAGCUCAGUGUUGUGAGAAAGCUGCUGCAGUGUGGUUAAAGAUGAGUUCCAUCGGUACCGGGUACGACCUGUCAGCCUCCACCUUCUCUCCAGAUGGUCGAGUGUUUCAGGUGGAAUAUGCAAUGAAGGCUGUGGAAAACAGCAGCACAGCCAUCGGUAUCCGCUGUAAGGAUGGCAUAGUGUUCGGCGUGGAGAAGCUGGUUCUGUCCAAACUUUACGAACAGGGUUCCAACAAACGCAUCUUCAACAUUGACAGACAUGUUGGCAUGGCUGUGGCUGGACUCUUGGCUGAUGCUCGGUCUCUGGCUGAAGUCGCCAGAGAAGAAGCGUCAAACUUCAGGUCAAACUAUGGACAUGACAUACCUUUGAAGCACCUGUCAGACAGAGUGUCCAUGUAUGUGCACGCGUACACACUUUACAGUGCUGUCAGGCCCUUCGGCUGCAGUUUUAUUCUAGGUUCCUAUGACAAAGACGAUGGUCCUCAGCUGUACAUGGUCGACCCAUCAGGCAUCUCACACGGCUACUGGGGCUGUGCCAUUGGGAAAGCUAAACAAGCUGCUAAGACAGAGAUCGAGAAACUGCAGAUGAAGGAGAUGACGUGCAGAGAACUUGUGAAAGAAGUGGCUAAAAUAAUCUACAUUGUUCACGACGAAGUAAAAGACAAAGCCUUUGAGCUGGAGCUCAGCUGGGUUGGCGAAGUCACAAACGGACGUCAUGAGCUGGUGCCAAAAGAUUUGAAAGAGGAAGCAGAAAAAUAUGCCAAGGAUUCCCUAGAGGAAGAGGAUGACUCUGAUGAAGACAACAUGUAACCCCGACCCAUCUGUCCCUGUUCACACCUGGUUUCUUUUUUUAUGUCUGAUAAAUUUGAACAUUUCCAGCACUGGUUUGUUUUCGGUUCUGCUUUACACUUUACAUUUUGAAUGAAAAAUAAAAUUAACUUUUGAAAAGUU